AUGAUUCAAAUCAAAGAUAAGAGACAACACAUGGAUCCAAACAGCCAAGUACAACGAAAUGAUGAAGCGACGUCGGUUACCUGUGCAAAUUUAACAAAUGGAGGUAAAUCAGAACUUCUUAAAUCAGGAAGCUCCAAAUCCACACUAAAGCACAUAUGGACAGAAAGUAGCAAAGACUUGUCCAUCAGCCGACUGCUGUCACAGACUUUUCGUGGAAAGGAGAAUGAUACAGAUUUGGACCUGCGAUAUGAUGCCCCAGAAACUUAUACUGAGCAAGAUCUCUGGGACUGGCUGAGGAACUCCACAGACCUACAAGAGCCUCGGCCCAGGGCAAAGAGACGGCCUAUUGUCAAGACUGGGAAAUUUAAGAAAAUGUUUGGCUGGGGCGAUUUUCAUUCCAACAUCAAGACUGUGAAGCUAAAUCUGUUAAUAACAGGAAAAAUCGUUGACCAUGGCAAUGGGACGUUUAGCGUUUACUUCAGGCAUAACUCCACUGGUCAAGGGAAUGUAUCUGUGAGCCUAGUGCCCCCUACAAAAAUAGUGGAAUUUGACUUGGCACAACAGACAGUGAUUGAUGCCAAAGAUUCCAAGUCCUUUAACUGUCGAAUCGAGUACGAAAAGGUUGACAAGGCUACCAAGAACACACUCUGCAACUAUGACCCUUCAAAAACCUGUUAUCAGGAGCAGACCCAGAGCCAUGUGUCAUGGCUCUGCUCCAAGCCCUUUAAAGUAAUCUGUAUUUACAUUUCCUUUUAUAGUACAGAUUAUAAACUAGUACAGAAGGUGUGUCCUGAUUACAACUACCACAGUGACACACCCUACUUCCCCUCAGGGUGAGGAUAAAACACGUGUCUGAGACUGAAGCCUGGGGAAUAAAGGAGUUCGUAUGACAGGGCUGUAACCUCAAGGAGGAAAGCCACAUCUAUUGCCUGGAAUGUGUCUACCUGCUGCUGAUGUCAUAUGGCUGCAAAUAUGUUAGUGGAAAACAAUCUA